AUGGGCGGUGAUCUGAACUUAAAGAAAUCAUGGCACCCAUCGCUGCUCAAGAACCAAGAGCGCGUAUGGGCGCAAGAGAAGCGCGCGCUCGAGGAGCGCAAGCAGAUCGAUCAGCUAAGACGUGAGAGAGAAGAAGAGCGACAAAUGCAAGAGCUCCAGCGCCUCCAAGAAGCCUCCGGAAAAGGGAAGCAACAGAGCCGCGUCGACUGGAUGUACCAAGCCCCCUCCAGCGCCACCGGCCACUACUCGGAGGAGAUGGAGGGAUACCUACUAGGCAAGCGACGAAUCGACGGAGUCAUACUAAAAAACGAUGCCGACACCAAGAAGCUGGAGAAAGGGUCGGAGGUGGUGGGCAAUGACGCCGCGGCAGGUCCAUCUGUUGGGUCGGCGCGCGACACCAUGUUGAAGGUUAUGGCGGACCCGCUGCUGGAGGUGAAGAAGAGGGAACAAGCGGCAUAUGAAGCGAUGGUUAAGGAAGCGAUGCGACGCAAGGAACGAGAGGAGAAGCGCGCCCAGGGCGGAGAUGGUGGUCGCGACCGCGGAAAGGAACGCGACCGUCGCCAUCGGACCCAUGACUCGAAGCGCAGACGGUACAGCGAUGAUGCGGGCGAUGAGCGCCGCGACAGACACCACCGACGGUCAUCUCCUCGUCGGCAUCGAUCCAGAUCUCCUGCUUCGGGCGAUCGACACCACAGGCACCGGAGUGAGCGUGAGCGUGAGCGACAUGACGAUGAGCGCCGUGGUGACAACCGUGACAACCGUGAUCGGCGGAGUGAUGAUACCAGAUCUCGUCGGGAUGACAGGGAUCGUGGCCGAGACCGUCGCGACCAUCAAGAUAAGACAGACUCGUACUCUCGUCACCAGGACCGCGAUGACAGACGUGAUCGGGGCCGUGAAGGCCGUGAAGGUGACCGCUCGUCACGUCGAUACUCUCGAUCCCCUCGCCCGUCUGGAGACCGCAAUGGACGUCCUCCUCCCACCGAGGACCGUCGCCGAGACUUCCCCCGCCGUGAGUUCAAUAACCGGCGGGACUCUGGCCGCGAUAAUGGAGCACCUUCUGCUCAUCCCCCAGCCAACAAGCCUGAUCCCAAGGAGAUCGAGGAAGAACGACGCCGUAAACUGGCAGAGAUGCAAUCCAAUGCCACUGAUAUGGAGGUAGACCGCCGCCAGCGGAUCACUGAUAUCACUGCGAAGGAGGAACAACAGCAGGAAGCUGAUGAUCGUCAGCGCUCAGAUCGGGGCAGGUUCAUGUCUGAUAUGCAUAAGCGGGUGCAGGAGGAUAGUCUGGAUGAGCGCAUCCGUCGUUCUCGUGGCGGACUUGAGCGGAUGGAUGAGGACUGA